AUGCAUAAUCUAUAUGUUUACAUUGCAGCAACCAUCAUUAACUGUCUCAAUAUUUUGGGACAAAUUCAUUUCACCGUCUUGUACGGCGACUUAGAAGCUGAUUAUCUCAAUCCAAUUGAUUUAUGUUCAAGAAUCAAUAAAUUAGUAUUACCUGAAGCAUUAGUCCAAUGUUUUGGGACAUUUUUAUAUUUGAUUACUGGUAAUUUUAUUACAUUUUUGAUCAAUCUGCCAUUAAGUGUUUUUAACAUAAGAAAAAUCAUGAAUAAGACAAAUAAAUUAGAUGCUACUGAAAUUUUCAGAACUUUAAAGAAAAAUAAGACAGAAACGACGCUGAAAUUAACCUUCUAUGUGUUCUUAUUCUUUUACUAUGUGUUUUUCUUAAUUAAAAACAUUAUUGACUAUGCAUCCACCUAG